AUACAAAGCUACAAAAAUUGAUAACACAAUCGUGUGAAACUCACAACCAUACAUUGGUCAAGCUUCAAAACCAUAUACAAAGAAUUUCAACAGCUAUUCCAUUUCAUACUACAAAAAGGGUCACAUUAUUUUAUUUCUUUCAAAAAAAACAAUUAUUACAAACAAGGUCUCUGGAAGAGUGGAGAAUUUAGUGGGUCACAUUAUUCAUAUCAAAUUGUGAGUUAGCCUUGCUGGAAAAGUGGUGUUUCCAAGGAUUUUAUUGGAUUAAAGCAAAUUUCUUUGCAUUGGUUUGUUUGUGUUUUCAACUGGGUUUUUUCUAUGAAGAGAGUUUAGUGGUUUUCUCAAGGAUUCAUAUUUGAGGAAUAGGAGGAAGUUAAGGUUAGCUAACAAGGAGGUUCCUAACACAGCAAAAGUUUAGUCAUGUCUGUGACAUUAUUAAGGGUUGCUUCCUCUCCUAGCUUAGAGGUCUCCUGUUCCAAUGGUUUACUCGAUUCUUUCGGGGUUGUGAAGCUUGUAGAUUCUUCGAAGUUCUUGUCUAGAGACUUUGUGUCAAUAAGAGCAAAAAAGAAUGAUAAGAAAAAGACACGGAGAUUUUGCUCAUUGAGUACAGAUAUUAAGUAUGCAUGUGUUGGUCAGCCUGGCUUAGAGAGUGCUAGUAACUUCCCUUUGUUAUCGAAUGUGCUCGCAAACCCGACUGCAGGAGAAGUGACUGUUUCGUCUGAGCAGAAGGUAUAUGAUGUGGUUCUGAAGCAGGCGUCUUUGGUUAAGAGGAAGCUGAGCUCUACCGGUGAACUUGAAGUGAAACCGGAAAUUGUUUUGCCUGGGAAUUUGAGUUUGUUGAGUGAAGCAUAUGAUAGAUGUGGAGAAAUUUGUGCAGAAUAUGCUAAAACAUUUUACUUGGGAACUCUUCUAAUGACUCCUGAAAGGCGAAGAGCUAUUUGGGCGAUAUAUGUUUGGUGUAGGAGGACGGAUGAACUUGUCGAUGGCCCUAAUGCUUCACAUAUUACAGCAACUGCAAUGGAUAGGUGGGAAUCAAGAUUGGACGAACUUUUCCAAGGGCGUCCAUUUGAUAUGCUUGAUGCUGCUUUAUCAGAUACCGUCAACAGAUUUCCUGUCGAUAUCCAGCCAUUUAAAGAUAUGAUAGAAGGAAUGAGAAUGGAUCUUAAGAAGUCAAGAUACAAAAGCUUUGAUGAACUAUAUCUCUACUGUUACUAUGUUGCUGGAACUGUUGGUUUAAUGAGUGUUCCGGUCAUGGGCAUUUCAACACAUUCGCAAGCCACAACAGAGAGUGUAUACAAUGCUGCCUUGGCCUUGGGAAUUGCAAAUCAGCUUACCAACAUACUCAGAGAUGUUGGAGAGGAUGCCAGGCGAGGAAGAGUGUAUCUACCACAAGAUGAAUUGACUUUGGCAGGGCUUUCAGAUGACGACAUAUUUGCCGGUAAGGUGACGGACAAGUGGAGGAACUUCAUGAAGAGCCAAAUUAAAAGGGCGAGAACGUUUUUUGAUGAGGCAGAAAAGGGAGUGACAGAGCUUAAUGAACAGAGCAGAUGGCCGGUGUGGGCGUCUUUGCUAUUGUAUCGACAAAUAUUGGACGAAAUAGAAGCUAAUGAUUACAACAAUUUCACUAAGAGGGCUUAUGUGAGCAAAACAAAGAAGUUACUUUCUUUACCACUUGCAUAUGCUAGAUCUAUGGUUCCUCCAUCAAAAAAGUUAUCUCAUGUAUAGAUAUAAUUAUGUAGAAAAAUGGUAAUGACAAACACAAAAAGGAAAACCACAUUUUGUAUAUGAUGAAAUAAGGCUUGUAUUCAUUAACCACUAAUUUGUAGCCAAUAUUGGUUUUUGCAAUUUUGUUUAUUUGUUUUUUGAUUUGGGUUAA